UGAUCUUCCGGCCAUAUCCGGGUAAACUUGACGCUGGUUCCGUCUGGUUCCUGCUGGUAGAGCUGUCAGCCACGUCAUCUCCUCAGAAACAACUUUUCUCUCAGACAGCUCGGUGUGCGCGCGGAAUAAUUCGCAUUUUAUGUUCAUGCGUUUGAGACCAGGAGCCACCGAGCGGCCGGACUGCGCAGUUGGUAGCUUCUCCUUAGCUUUGGCUUCUUAAAGUCUGUCUUGUGUCUGCACCCUGGCUCCUGUGGACGUGGGAGGCCUGUGAAGAGUUGUUUUACAGUUUUGUUGUAGAAGAGGAACAAAAAAAAACAGCAUGAACGUCUUUCGGUUGGCAGGUGACGUGUCACAUCUGGUGGCUAUCAUCAUCCUGCUGCUGAAGAUCUGGAGGUCCAAGUCCUGCGCAGGCAUCUCUGGAAAGUCUCAGGUGCUGUUUGCACUGGUUUUCACCACCAGGUACCUGGACUUGUUCACAGUCUUCAUUUCUGUUUACAACACGGUCAUGAAGGUGGUGUUCCUGGCUCUGUCCUACGCCACCGUCUACCUAAUCUACAUGCGCUUCAGGAACUCGUACAACUCGGAGAACGACACGUUCCGGGUGGAGUUUCUGUUGGUGCCAGUCAUCGGGUUGUCCUUCCUGGAGAACUACGCUUUCACCCCGUUGGAGAUCCUGUGGACCUUCUCCAUCUUCCUGGAGGCUGUGGCCAUAAUGCCACAGCUCUUCAUGAUCACCAAGACCGGCGAGGCAGAGUCCAUCACCACACACUACCUGUUCUUCCUCGGCCUCUACCGAGCUCUCUACAUAGCCAACUGGGUGUGGCGCUACCACACCGAGAGCUUCUACGACCUGAUCGCCAUAGUGUCGGGCGUCGUGCAGACCAUCUUCUUCUGCGACUUCUUCUACCUUUACUUCACGAGAGUGCUUCGAGGACGAGGAAAGAUGACCCUGCCCAUGCCCGUGUAAGCCCCACACACCUGCUGCAGGUCAACAUCUGGACUCGGAUGUUGCCUUUCAGCUGUACAUGUGUUUAGCAAUGGGACUGAUGGUCUGACACCACCCUGUAGACCAGAAGGAGUGCGCCUCUGCAAACUGAAUUUCAGUCUGAUUGGUACUUUGUGUGUGUGUGUAAGCAUAUAUGUGCACACAAGUUUGUGAAAGAUGUUUUUUGUUAAGAUGCAGAUGUGCAGGUAACACUAUGGAAACACUGUGUAUUUGUCUUUACGUUUCCCUUCAGCUGCUGAGGGACACAGGCUGUUGUAUGUGAACAGCUCUGUGUGCGUAGCUUUUGUUACACACAUCCAUUGUGUCCUGUAUGAAAGCAGUCAGGGCCCAGACUUUGAUGUCACCACCCUACAUUUGAUCAACUCAGUCUUGAGCCUGAUGAUUUACAGUAACGACAAAUAUCAUGUAAAAUCCACAGUGUCUUCCUCCUUGGCCUGUAAUGUCAGACCACUCCCUGUAGGCCUGUUUAGCCAUUUUCCCAGGUUGUAUGUCACUUUUUGUACUUUCUUGUUUUCUAAAGAGACAAAAAAAGGCCUAAAGCCAAAGAUGGAACAGAAAACUGCU